CUCUCUCUCUCUCUCUGUCUCCUCUUCCCCCUUCUUCUAUCCCUUCUUCUCCUCUUUCCUUAUCCCUCACAGGUCUCUGUUCCCCAGCAUUUGAGAAGUGACCAGGCACCAGGAUGCAGCUGUGCAAAGGCCGGAUGCUGGGCAUCUCAGUGGCCAUCGCCCAUGGGGUCUUCUCGGGCUCCCUCAACAUCCUGCUCAAGUUCCUGAUUAGCCGCUAUCAGUUCGCCUUCCUGACUCUGGUGCAGUGCCUGACCAGUUCCACCGCUGCCAUCAGCUUGGAGCUGCUGCGGCGCCUGGGACUUGUCUCUGUGCCCCCUUUCAGCCUGAGCCUGGCGCGCCCUUUCGCCGGGGUCACAGUGCUUUCCACGCUGCAGUCCAGCCUCACCCUCUGGUCCCUACGGGGUCUCAGUCUGCCCAUGUAUGUGGUCUUCAAGCGUUGCCUGCCUCUGGUCACUAUGCUCAUCGGCGUCCUGGUGCUUAAGAACGGGGCUCCCUCCAUUGGGGUCCUAGUGGCCGUACUCAUCACCACCUGCGGGGCAGCCCUAGCAGGAGCUGGUGAUCUAACUGGGGACCCCAUUGGGUAUGUGACAGGUGUCCUGGCAGUAUUAGUUCAUGCUGCUUAUCUUGUGCUCAUUCAGAAGACCAGCGCAGACUCCGAACAUGGAGCCCUCACAGCCCAAUAUGCCAUUGCCAUCUCUGCCACCCCUCUACUUAUCAUUUGCUCCUUUGCCAGCAUGGAUUCUAUCAAUGCUUGGGCCUUUCCAGGAUGGAAAGAUCCAACCAUGGUCUGCAUCUUUGUGGCUUGCAUUUUGAUCGGCUGUGCCAUGAAUUUUACUACCCUCCACUGUACCUACAUUAACUCUGCUGUGACUACUAGUUUUGUUGGAGUGGUGAAAAGCAUAGCCACCAUCACCAUGGGUAUGGUGGCCUUCAAUGAUGUGGAGCCCACUUCUCUGUUCAUAGCAGGUGUGGUGGUGAACACCUUUGGCUCUCUAAUUUAUUGUGUGGCCAAAUUCAUUGAGACCAGAAAGCAAAGCAGUUAUGAGGACCUGGAGAAAGACCAUAGGGAAGUCUUGCAGGAGACAAAUGGAGCUCAACCACCAUUUGUUAUGGAGCCCCUGCCCUUGGAGAAAGGAAAUGGUGACAUGGAAGGAGAGGAGACAGCCAGUGGGAUCAGUCAGCCCUGCAUAGAAAAGCCUAAACAUGGUGCUGAGGAAACAGCACUGGUUUCCAGCAACAACCAGGAGAGAGAAGGAGUUAAUAAGAACUCAUUAAAAGAUGCUUACCUCGGAGUGUGGAGAUUGGUUAGGGGGACUAAAUAUAUGAAGAGAGAUUAUUUGCUAGAAAAUGAGGAACUCUCCAGCCCCUGAAAGGGAAAUGUAUGUAUAUUAUAAUAAUAAUUAUUAUAUAUGUAUAAAAUGUACAUAUAUACAUACAUACAAACAUUUUAUAUAUAUGUAUAUGUUUUAAUAAGGAAGAUCAUAUAUUUUAUUCCUAGUCAAGUGGGAACACACAGAAGAGAUUGCAAGGGCAAUACAAUAUGAUUGUAUGAAAUACAAUAUGAGAAAACUAACUCCUAUCUAUAUUAUCUUCACUGAGAUUAAAGGGUAUGAAACUGAUUAACAAAAUAAGAUAAGUUGUAUUGGUUUUAGGUUCUUGACUAUUAAUAUUUCUUAUUCUCUGCUCCCCUCCUCCCCCAGGUAUCUAUAUUUUCUUCCAUGUGGAAUCUAGAAACAAUACACUUUAUAGGCCUUCAUAGGAGAGUCAGGACCAACAGUUCUGUUAAAAUGGGGACUAUAAUUUUGCUAACCUGUCAGAAAUGCGGGAAAAUAAAAUAAAAAUGGCACUUGCUCUAUGAAGGCAGUGAUUUGAUAGACUCUAUUUAUAGAUAUCUUAAAAUCUUGUGUUUACUUUUUGGCCGAAUUUUUCUUCAGUCGUUUUAAAAUAAAUGAUCAUAUUGGAUCUUUGUAGAGGAAGUAAGAGCUUUUUUGAAAAUACUGGUCCCAGGUUUUUAAAUGAGGUAUUUACAAUUCAUGGUUAGUAAAUACAAAAUUAUUUUUAUUAACAGAAAACUAUUUAUGACCUUUACCUUGUAAUGCUGAACCACUAAACAUCAAAUCCAUUUUAUAUUGUUUUCACUGUGUUUGAUAUUCUGUAGAGUGAACACACUGGCUGGACCACAAUUCAACAGUGACUGAAUCUCAGCCAGGCAGAAUAAAAGACAUCUUGGAAUAUAGUCCUUUUACUCAUUUAAAACCAAUUUUGUGGCAUCUUCAGCUGUGUUUAUGUUAGAAUGAUGUUUUUCUAAUAUCAAAUUUGAAAACACAAAUACUGGUUUGUUGCUUUUACUGUUACAUUAUUAGAAACUCAUAUUUUUAGUGUUUGCUGUUCAGUACUCUAUAAUCAUUUUGUAUUUUUUGCCUUUAUAUAUAUGUAUGGACUGUCUAUUAUAUAGGAGUUAUGUUUCAUAAUUCCCAAAAGGAAAAUGGGAAUUUGGUCAAAGCAGCCUGAUUUUCCACUGAAGGAGAAUAAUGUAAACUAACAUGAAACUGUGCCUCCUCUUCAGGCAUAUCAUAUUGUUAAUAGAAUUCAAUGAACAUUGAAAUGGGAUAAUAAACUGUGUCAUGCUUUGC